CACUUAACCACUGACCUACUAACACAGAUCCAUGAGUCAGUAGCCACCUUGAGAGGAAAAAAGCCGUGGGAGAAGAGCUUGGUACUUCGCAACUUGUAGGAUUUUGUCAAGUUAUUUCCUUAUUAGCUGAUGGGAAAGCUAAACUUGUUCUCUGUGGCUGACAGGCGGUGGAAAAGCAGAGCGACCCCUCCGACCAGGUGCUAGAAAAGAUUCCCUCAACUGAAGUGAACUGAUCCAGUGCUGCAGUUGCUAUUGCUGCAUACAAGCAUUAUGGUGUUCAGUUAAAGACCUUUGAGCAUAUUGACAGUAGCCAACAGUGACAAUAUGCAAUCGAUCAAGCAAGAGGUGGACUCCAGUGAGUCCUACAGUAGAGAGGAUGCCCUGGUCUUGGCUGUGGCCUUACAAGGGGCUAACAGAGACCUGAUAGGCCACAAAACCUCUGCAGUUCCGUUCAAGUCUAAAACUACCUGCCGCAGAAAAAGGGAAUUUAUCCCAGAGGAGAAGAAAGACAACCUUUACUGGGAGAGGCGUCGCAAAAACAAUGAGGCGGCCAAACGCUCCAGAGAGAAGCGGCGCAUAAAUGACAUGGUGCUUGAGAACAAGCUGAUGGCCCUCGGAGAGGAAAAUGCCUCCCUCAAGGCUGAGUUGUUAUCAUUGAAGCUGAAGUUUGGUCUAGUGAGCUCGGCAGCGUAUGCCCAAGAAGUCCAGAAGUUAUGCAGUUCCACCGCUGUCAACCUCUACCAGGAGUUUGUUCCACCCAGUGCUGGCCAAGGUUCCAGCAGGGACUUAGAGCCUCUUCAUCUGCGCAGCAGCUGCAUAUCAGUCAUCAAGCAUUCACCUCACUUGCCCGAGACAUGUAGUUCAACUCAGGCUAGCUUUAGUAUCUGCACGACUGCAGAGGUCAAGCAAGAACCAGCAGAGAAUGGCAGCUAUGCACAGGAGAGGAGUAGUCCCUAUGAACUAUAUAGAAACUACAUGGCCAGCUCUUUGUCUGGAGUCUACCCCCAACCUGCUUCAUUCCUGCAGAUCACCAGGUCAUCCAGUAACUCCCCCAGGAGCUCAGAUGACAGUGUUGUUAGCAAAUCAUCAGAUGGUGAGGAUGAGCAGCAGGUCCCCAAAGGGUUGACACCAUCUGUAGCUGAUCCAAGAAGUGUCAUUGUCUCCACACACAAAGUGCCAGAUGCCAGUUCUUCAGCUUUGCCCCAUAAACUGCGGAUCAAGGCCAGAACCGUCCAAAUCAAAGUGGAGGCCAUCGACACUGAUUACGAGUCUUCAGGAAAGUCCUCCUCGCCCGUGAGCAUUUCAGAGGGAGGUUGCUACCAGACCACUCAGGACUCUUUAGAGUACACCCAGUCUUCCCCGUACCCUUUGUCAUUACAGGUCACCAACAUGCAAGACUGGACCCACCGGUCUGAGCAGUGGCAUAAAAGUGGCACAGAGACACUGCAGAAUGGUUGCAAGAGAAGCAGGCUGACCCCAAGCCCUGUCUCAAACAAAACCAUUGUGGAUGUAAAGAAACCGUCCUAUGCACACUCAGAUACUAAGGACCUGUAUCUGAAAGAGGGCCUUGCUGACCUGUCUGCAGAAGUGUCUUCUCUGAAAAGACUGAUCAAAACACAGAAAGGGUCUGUGAUAGAGUCAACCAAAAGCACCGCUGAUCAUCAUGAGUCAUUAUCGAAAGGAUGUUCUUCUGAAUGACCUUAGUGUGUUUUGCAUUUCCACUGUAUUUGCUGUUGCACUGUGUGGUUUAUAUUAGUUAUUACAAUGUUUCAAUUACUGUACAUUUUCAAAUAAAGUGUGCUCCAAUAAUAACUGUUGGAACAAAGGCUGUUUGCUAAAGUAAGCUAAUUAAGAAAUGUUGCGGAGGGGUGGAAUUACCUGUACUGUAAUGGUAAAUUUAAUAUAUUGUACAAUACCACAGCACUAAUUCCAUCAGUACAAAAACACUGUCAUGUCAUUCUCAUCAUUUCUAUUUGCUUCCACUUCAAUUAAACUGUUUUUAAUGUGAAUUAUCUGCUGGAAAUGUUGAGUUUCAUUGACAGUAGGAAUGAGCGAGUACACUAUUAUCUGUUAACUGACAAAUUAUUAUGGGUGGGGCUUAAACCAGACAUGGGCGGGACUAACCAUAAAUUAAUUUAAGGCUGAAAUUGCUAUAUUAAUUAGAACUCUCAGAGUUGAGCUUCAGAGCAAUGUUUUUGAUCAAUAGUAAGAGUACUUACAGAAGAAGCUUUUUUAAUAAAAGUUGCUAUAUGUAUUGUUUAUUAGAAAAUGGAUAUUGGAUUAUUGACACAUUUUACUCUGAUGAUAUU